ACAAUUUUUGCUUUGGCAGCGCAAACAGAAGUGAAGCAUUUAGCCAUGCAACUUCUUGGGCUUCUGACCAUAGUCCUCUACACAUGGCCCUUCUCAGGGGCAUCUCGUAUUGUUGGUGGCCGUGAGGCAAGAGCCCACUCCAGACCCUACAUGGCUUCCCUGCAGAUCAGGGGGUUUAGUUUCUGUGGGGGUGCUCUCAUCAAUCAAAAAUGGGUCCUGACUGCAGCACAUUGUAUGGAAGAUACGCCUGUUGACUUGGUGCGCAUCGUUCUUGGAGCUCACAAUCUGCGCAGUCCAGAUAGCUUAGUCCAGGAGUUUCGUGUCCAAGAGUCUGUGAAGAACCCUGAAUAUAACCCUACCACCUUUCAAAAUGACCUUCAUUUGCUGAAGCUGAAUGACUCUGCAGUUAUCACUUCUGCUGUGAGGAGCAUUCGCCUUCCAGUUGCUAAUUCAGAUAUCGGACCCAGGUCAAAUUGCUCAGUAGCUGGAUGGGGAGACAUCACAGACUUUGGCACUGCACCUGUAGCGCUUAUGGAGACAAAUGCAGAUAUCAUUAGCCGUCAGGCUUGCAACAGGUCCUGGGGUGGAAGCAUCACCAAUACUAUGCUUUGUGCAGCUUCCCCAGGAGUUCGGGCAAAAGGUUUCUGUUCAGGUGACUCUGGAGGACCCCUUGUGUGCAGAAAUAGAGUGGAAGGAGCUGUGUCUUUCUCUGGACUGCUCUGUGGGAAUUCAAUGUUUCCAGAUGUAUAUACCCGUGUCUCAUCCUACCUGCCUUGGAUCCAAGCGGUGAUCAGGAGAUCUGACUGAUACAAAAGCACAUAUCCUCCAAUGGUAUUAGUCUGUUACUGUUAGCAACUGGAAAUGAUUAUUGGCCUCAUUUACUAGUAGGUGGUACAUCACUAGCAAUAUUUUUGUUAUGUUCUUUUUUGAAAAUGAUACAUCACUAGCAAUAUUUUUGUUAUGUUCUUUUUUGAAAAUGAUGCUGUAUGUGAUGUAUGCUAUCAAACGGAUAGGAACACAAGUAUGCAGCGUUCCAUGUGUACUGCUUUUUAUUACAUAACAUGAUGAAUUCAUGAUUUAAUAAAUGCUAUUCACUCUUAA